AUGAGCAGCCUCCACCUCUACACCUCCGCACGCUUCCGCAAUUUUCCGACUGCGUUCUCCCUCCGUCACCGUAAUAACGACCUCCAAAGCCAACGCCGCCGAUCUAUCUUCUCCGAGCUCGGUGACAAAACCCUCGAUCCAGGCGGUGACCUAAUCACGAGAUGGAACCACAUCUUCCUCAUCACCUGUCUCCUCGCUCUCUUCCUCGACCCUCUCUACUUUUAUCUCCCCAUCGUCCAAGCCGGAACCGCUUGUAUGUCCAUCGACGUCCGUUUCGGCAUCCUCGUCACCUUCUUCCGAACCCUAGCCGAUCUCUUCUUCCUCAUCCACGUUUUCCUCAAAUUCAAAACCGCUUUUGUCUCCAAAUCUUCUAGAGUCUUUGGUCGUGGCGAGCUCGUCGUGGAUCGCCGUGAAAUCGCUGUCCGUUACCUCAAAUCCGAGUUCGUCAUCGAUCUCGCCGCCGCGCUUCCUCUUCCUCAGAUAAUGAUUUGGUUUGUGAUACCAAAUGCUGGAGAAUUCAGAUACGCAGCGCAUCAGAACCACACGCUUUCCUUGAUCGUACUUAUACAAUACGUGCCUCGCUUCCUCGUCAUGCUUCCUCUCAACCGUCGGAUCAUUAAAGCCACCGGAGUCGCAGCCAAAACAGCCUGGUCUGGUGCAGCCUACAAUCUCGUCCUCUACUUACUUGUUAGCCACGUUCUUGGCUCGGUUUGGUACGUUUUGUCGAUCCAGAGACAGCACGAAUGCUGGACAAGAGAAUGUACUAAGGAGAUGAACGCAACGCAUUCACCUUCGUGUAGUCUCUUGUUUCUAGACUGUGGAUCGUUGCAGGAUCCAGGUAGACAAGCUUGGAUGCGCAUCACUCGGGUUCUCUCUAAUUGUGAUGCACGUAAUGAUGAUGACCAACAUUUCCAGUUUGGUAUGUUUGGUGAUGCCUUCACUAAUGAUGUCACUUCUUCUCCUUUCUUUGAUAAAUACUUCUACUGCCUUUGGUGGGGUCUCCGCAAUCUCAGUUCUUAUGGACAGAGUCUUGCAGCGAGUACACUGAGUAGUGAGACUAUAUUCAGUUGUUUCAUAUGUGUCGCUGGUCUUGUUUUCUUCUCUCAUCUCAUUGGCAAUGUUCAGAACUAUCUACAAUCGACCACGGCUAGGUUAGACGAAUGGAGAGUCAGAAGAAGAGAUACAGAGGAAUGGAUGAGACACAGACAAUUGCCACCGGAGUUACAAGAGCGUGUGAGGCGUUUCGUUCAAUACAAAUGGUUAACCACUCGUGGAGUCGACGAAGAAGCCAUCCUCCGUGCACUACCAUUGGAUCUUCGUAGACAGAUCCAACGGCAUCUCUGUCUCGCCCUAGUUCGCCGUGUGCCAUUCUUUGCACAGAUGGAUGACCAGCUCUUAGACGCAAUUUGCGAGCGUUUAGUUCCGUCGUUGAACACUAAAGAUACACACGUGAUCCGCGAAGGUGAUCCUGUAAACGAGAUGCUUUUCAUCAUUAGAGGUCAGAUGGAGAGUUCUACUACAGAUGGUGGACGGUCAGGAUUCUUUAACUCCAUCACGCUUAGACCAGGAGAUUUCUGUGGUGAAGAGCUCUUAACUUGGGCUUUAAUGCCAAACGUUAACCUUAAUCUCCCUUUGUCCACAAGAACUGUGAGGACUCUCUCUGAAGUAGAAGCUUUUGCUCUCCGAGCAGAGGACUUGAAGUUCGUAGCUAACCAAUUCAGACGCCUCCACAGCAAGAAACUUCAACAUGCUUUCAGGUACUAUUCGCAUCAAUGGAGAGCUUGGGGAACUUGUUUUAUACAAGCUGCGUGGAGACGAUACAGGAAGAGAAAGUUAGCUAUGGAGUUAGCUAUGCAAGAAGAAGGAGACGAUUACUAUUAUGAUGAUGAUGAUAACGAUAAUGGAGGAUAUCAAUAUGGAGAGAACAUGCCGGAAAGUAGUAACAACGUAGAUGAAAACAGCAGCAAUAAUCAGAAUUUGAAUGCGACGAUAUUAGCGUCUAAGUUUGCGGCUAAUACGAAGAGAGGUGUUUUAGGGAACCAAAGAGGGUCUACAAGAAUUGAUCCUGAUGAUCCGACUUUGAAGAUGCCUAAAAUGUUUAAACCCGAGGAUCCAGGAUUCUUCUGA